GCGGGGACCUCCCUAGAGUACUGGGACACCUGGAGGAUAUGUGGUUGGAAAGUGGUUGGUAAAAAUUAUAAUUAUAUAGGUCGAAAGGGCAUAUUAGUGAGUAAGUGCGGUGGUGGAGGUAUAUUGAUCAGCAGGGUUGUGACGGUGUGGGGGGGGGGGAGGGGGUUGCGUGCGCAGAGUGCCCGGACUGUCAGUAGUCAGUUCUGCACCCUGUGCCGUGUACCGUGUUGUGAAGUGUCGGGGUGUCUAUGGUGUAUGAUGUGGUUCGAACCGUCGGGGCGCAGCACCUCGCCGCCCAUGUAGUGGACACCAAGGUAGACCGUCGGCAAAAUGAUCGACCAGUGUGUUAAGCGUCUGCUCCAUUUCUACGGAGUCUGAACUAAUGUUUUGUUGGCGGUUGAGACGGACAUGACGGGAUGCUGGCUCGGCGUCAUGGCCCUACUGGUCAGUCUCGCGUCAGACGCCGGCUCCCAGCGUCCCACAGGCCUCAACAAGCGUCACGACGUCUAUAUCGCCGGUUUCUUCCCGUUCGCCCGCCACAUCCCUGAGAGCAGUGUAGGCCGCGGGGUGAUGCCUGCUGUAAAGCUCGCUGUGGACCACAUCAACGAGAGUCCUCAAGUCCUGCGAAACUACCGUCUUCACAUGUGGUGGAACGACACUCAGUGUAAUGCCGCUGUGGGGGUGAAAGCCUUCUUUGACAUGAUGCACGAUGGUCCUCACAAAGUGAUGUUGUUUGGCGCCGCCUGUACUCAAGUGACCGACCCCAUCGCCAAGGCCUCCAAACACUGGCAUCUUACACAGCUGUCGUACGCUGACACACAUCCGAUGUUCACUAGCCAUAACUUCCCUAACUUUUUCCGUGUGGUGCCUAGCGAAAACGCCUUCAACCUUCCAAGAUUAAAACUCGCCCAGCAUUUCAAUUGGAACAGAGUGGGUACCAUCUAUCAAAACGAGCCCCGCUACUCGUUGGCUCACAAUCGCCUAGUUGCGGAUUUGGACUCGAUGAACUUCACGAUAGCGGAAACACAAAGUUUUGCCAACGAAGUUGCCUCUGCUAUCCUGAAGUUACAGGAGAAGGACAUUCGUAUUAUCCUCGGGAACUUCAACGAGAGCUGGGCGAGAGCGAUAUUCUGUGAAGCUUACAGAGUGGGGAUGGUUGGACGGAAGUACCAGUGGUUGAUCAUGGGUACCUACAGUGAACGGUGGUGGCUGGACGAGACAGCUCCUUGCCCGCUGGACCAGCUACAGGCGGCUCUGGAGGGUUGUAUACUCACCGAUCUGCUGCCCCUAGCUACCAGUGGCGAGAUCACCAUCUCAGGCAUUACCGCAGACGAAUACCGGCAAGAGUACGACUCUCGGAGAGGCCAGGAGUACUCGCGGUUCCACGGGUACACGUACGACGGAAUCUGGGCGACCGCCUUGGCCAUCCAGCAUGUGGCGCACAGGAUACGUCACGUGAGGAAGAACACAACCGUCAUAGACUUCCAGUACCGGGACCCGGUGUGGGAACAGCUGUUUCUGGAGGCUCUGCGGAACACCAGCUUUGAGGGAGUCACCGGGCCUGUGCGGUUUUACGACAACGAGAGAAAAGCCAACAUCAUGUUGAAACAGUACCAAAACGGGGAAGAGGUGAAGAUAGGUGAGUUCAACGGCGUGACUCAACAGCUUGACCUGAGUAAAGGCCAGGGUAUCUGGUGGCGGGAUGGCAGAGGACCUCCUAAAGACAGGACUCUACAACAGUUCGAGCACUCACAUGUUAACUUGGCCAUCUACGCUUCUCUGGCAGCUACUGCGUCCUGUGGCAUCAUCAUGGCAGCGGUGUUCCUCGCCAUCAACAUCAAGUAUCGCAACCAGAGGUACAUCAAGAUGUCGUCACCGCACCUGAACAACCUCAUCAUCGUCGGAUGCAUGCUGACGUACAGCAGUGUUAUCUUCCUCGGUAUGGACUCCCGCCUGACCAGUGAGCAUGCCUUCCCUUACAUCUGUACUGCACGCGCCUGGCUGCUUAUGGCGGGCUUCUCCCUGGCCUUUGGUGCCAUGUUCUCCAAAACGUGGCGGGUACACUCGAUAUUCACCGACGUCAAGCUAAACAAAAAGGUGAUCAAGGACUAUCAGCUGUUUAUGGUUGUUGGUGUGCUACUUGUCAUUGACAUGGGUAUUAUGACCACGUGGCAAGUCACAGAUCCUUUCUACCGGGACACCAAACAGAUGGAACCUUACUCGCACCCGAACAGCGAAGACAUCAUUAUAAUUCCGGAGAAUGAAUACUGCCAAAGCAAUCGCAUGACAAUCUUCGUCGGUUCAAUUUACGCUUAUAAGGGGCUGCUCAUGAUAUUCGGCGCGUUCCUGGCAUGGGAGACACGUCAUGUCAGCAUCCCCGCGCUCAACGACUCAAAGUACGUCGGCAUGAGCGUCUACAACGUUGUCCUCAUGUGUGUCAUGGGCGCCGCCAUCUCCUUCGUGCUUUCCGACCAGCAAGACGCCUCCUUCGUCAUGGUCUCCAUCUUCAUCAUCUUCUGCACCACCACCACCCUCUGCCUUGUUUUUGUGCCAAAGUUGGUAGAAUUAAAAAGAAACCCUCAGGGUGCUAUCGACAAACGUAUCAGGGCCACUCUCAAACCGAUGGGGACCAAAAGAAGAGACUCUUCGGAACUGGAAGAGAGACUGAGAGAUGCAAAGAAUCAAAAUCAAAGAUGUAGAAAGAUCUUGUUGGAACGGGAAGCUGAACUUCAAGCUCUCCUGAGACGAAUGGGUUCAGACGAGACUAGAUUAGCGCCUCCACAGCAGGACGUAGGCCAGCUUAGGCGAGAUGAUGAGCACCUGACCCAGCCCAACAACACGCGGCUGACUGUAUCAGCACCCUCACACACUGAGACUACUGACGUCAGCUCAUUGUGCUCUCUCAACUCUUCCCAGGACGGCGAGUAUGUCAACCUGAUUGACGCUCCUGUGCAGAAAAAAAAGACCACCUUCGGAAGUAAGAUCCCAGCAAUAGCGUUGGAUGACUCAGUACCAGUGUCUCCUGGUCUAGCAGUGAUAUCGGAGAGCAGUUCACUGAGAGAGCGGUUACCAUCGCCGCCGCCUAACAAGGCAGUUUCCUGGGAGGAGAAACCGCCAACGCCACCCUCCUCAGCCACCAUGGCGCUACGGCGACGCUCUAGUGCCACUCGGCCGCCCACGCUGCUGCACACGCCACCCGCGCCGCGCCGCACCAGCGUGCCCGGCCGCCGCACUCACCCCACGUUUGUACACCAGGACGAGUUGUGGCUGACGCAGCGCCACUGCCGCCCCAGAUGUUUGCUCAAUAACGCAUCGCCGCCUGAAGUAUCGGACGAGGACGUCUCAGUGAUCCAGAGGACGGCUUCCGAGCGCAACCGUGACCGUGACAAGUGCUGUCACAGACCUCUGAAGAAGCCUACUCCGGCGCAUGUGCAGAGCACCCCCAACGUUCUAGCCGGGGCUGUCUCAGAGGGUGAACUACUUGACCUUGCGAUUCUACCAAUCUUUCAAAAACUGCUCACGGAGAGGCGUGGAGCCGCGAUCGCGUCUUGCCCGAACAUUGCUAUUAAGUGUGAUAUCGUAGAGUACCUUUAACAGUGUCCAGUGGCGUUGGGAACUUUACUUUUCAAUUGGGUAGUGAGUGUAGUACCGACUCGGUGGAACUUGUGUUACAAUAAUUGGAGAUGUGCAUGCGGAAAAUGGUCUGUUUUGAAAUUGGUUGUAUUGGAAUUUUAGUGUUAUGUCGUCAAAAAUGAAAAUUAUUACCUAUAAGGUUUGGAACUAAAUUUGUAUACUUAGUUGGAUAUUUUAUCGACCUUGAUUAAGCUAGCUAUUCUAAAUCAAUAAAACAAAAGCUAGAGAGAAUUUGUUUUCCUGUUUGGUUGUGCAUAGUGAUUAUGAGUCUAAAUUGGUAUCCUAAAUUGGAAAUUUCAAUAACGUGGAAUGAAAAACAUCUUAAAAUAACCUAAUACCAUAAAGAAGUCUAACAAAAAUUUCGAGAAACUAUUGCAUGCCAACGUAAGCAGAUUUCUGAAUAGAAAUACAGUACUAAUACUUAGUUAAAUUACAUUGCAUUAAUUUAGUUUUCUUUAUAUAAAUUAUACUAACAAAAA